AUGGCCCUCAACGCAACCCGCCGCUUCUUCACCGGCUUUACGGCAGCCCUCGCAGCCUCCGAUCGAACUAACAAGCGCGCUACAGCUGUUCCGACUCGAGAGCAGCUUUGUGUUGGCUUCAACGACAUUGAAGCUUGUCAGCGCAAGACCAAGGCCUGCAGCAAAGAGUUGCGAGCCAAAGGUGUCUUUAGCUGCGCAGAUGUCUCCAAGUGUGUUGCGAAAAAAAGAUUCGGUGGCUGCACAGCUAAAAAGUACGACUUUGAAGGCAGAUAUUCGCGUCGACACGACCCGUUAGGUGUCGUCGACGUCGAAGGCUCAUCCGAUUAA